GUUUUUUGCGCUUCUAUUUUUUUCCCAUUUUCUCUUACAAUAUAAUCACAUUCAGACAAAAAUCCUCACAGCUGCCUUCCGAGACCACACCAGGCAGCGAAGUAAAAAGCUAAAAUUUCCAAGACUGUACGCAGCCUCACCAUCUCACCCUCAAUCAAACAUCUACUCUCUGUGAACUCUGAAUCCCUUCUACCAUCUCCACUCCACAACCACCGUUGCCACCGUCACCGUCACCGUCACCGCUACCCAAAACCCCCACCACCUUUCCAAUAGAUUCUAAAAUACUUUCAACCUUUGGCCUGUAGAAUCAGCCUUUUUUUUUUGUUAAAGCUUUUGAAUAACUUUUCGUCUUUUCCUAUACUAAAGGAGAAAAAAAAUCUUAACUUUUCCGUUUCCAAAAUUCAUCACCAACGGCCGAACAAGGCUGCUGUUAAUAUCUUCAAGUUUUGGAAAAUAUAAAGUCUUCAUUUUUCUUAAAAGAUCCUGCAAAAAGUUUGUAUCUUUAAGCUUCUAGUGCCAAGUUGUAUCCAAUCAUAUGGAACCACCAGAGAAUAGUAACGCUUGCGGUGGUGAGGUGGCUGUUGAGGAUGCUCAGAAGAUAAUUCUCCGGUGGGAUUCUACAGCGUCAGAGGAAGCCAGGGAGAGGAUGAUCUUCGAAGGCGACCGUGAAGAGGUUGAUCGUUACUUGAAGGCUGUUGACGAUAUUCAAAAAUCCAUGUCGUCCACAUCCAUCUCCGAUGAUCAAGACAAGGUCAACAGCAACACCAUCCAGAUCGCUAUGGCCAGACUUGAAGACGAGUUCCGCAACAUACUUCUCAGCCACACAACUCCCGUUGAGUUGGACUCACUCGCCGCCGCUGAUCCCAGCUCUUCAGUCCACUCCUCCGCCGCAGUUGAGUAUGAAGAAGACGAUCAUGUGGGUGAUGACGAAAUCCAAGAUCAAAUCCAACGAGUAGAUUCAUCUGCGAGUAACAGCACCACGAGCUAUCGAUCCACUAGCAGUAUUCGCGAGAUCGAUCUGAUUCCACAGGAAGCAGUCGGCGACCUCCAGUCCAUUGCCAAGCGGAUGAUCUCUGCUGGGUACUUGCGGGAGUGUAUCCAGGUGUGUGGGAGUGUACGGAAAUCUGUUGUAGACGCCAACUUCAGGAGACUCGGGAUUGAGAAGCUGAGUAUUGGGGAUAUACAGAGACUCGAGUGGGAUGCAUUAGAGACUAAAAUCAGACGUUGGAUUAGAGCAGCUAAGGUUUGUAUAAGGAUUUUAUUCGCGAGCGAGAAGAGGCUCUGCGAACAGAUUUUUGAUGGGAUUGGUACCGCUGUGGAUGAUGCUUGUUUCAUGGAGACAAUCAAGGGUCCAGCAAUUCAGCUCUUCAAUUUUGCAGAAGCUAUAAGUAUAAGCAGGAGAUCUCCGGAGAAAAUGUUCAAGAUUUUGGACUUACAUGAUGCUUUAAUGGACUUGAUGCCUGACAUUGAGGUGGUUUUCGAAUCAAAGUCUGCUGAUUCAAUUCGAGUCCAGGCUGCGGAGAUUUUGUCAAGAUUGGCGGAGGCUGCAAGAGGGAUUUUAUCAGAGUUUGAGAAUGCUGUUUUGCGAGAACCUUCUUUGGUUCCAGUGCCUGGAGGGACAAUUCAUCCCUUAACAAGGUAUGUCAUGAAUUACAUCAGUUUGAUUUCAGAUUAUAAACAGACCUUGAUCGAGCUUAUUUUGUCAAAACCAUCAACGGGGUCAAGAUACUCCGGUGAUUCAACCACCCCAGAUAUGGAAUUUGCUGAGCUAGAGGGGAAAACCCCAUUAGCCCUUCAUAUGAUUUGGAUUAUUGUGAUUUUGCAAUUCAAUUUGGAUGGCAAGUCCAAGCAUUACAAAGAUGUAUCAUUAGCCCAUUUGUUUAUGAUGAACAACGUUCACUAUAUUGUUCAGAAGGUUAAAGGGUCACCUGAAUUGAGAGAAAUGAUCGGAGACGAUUACUUGAGGAAACUAACAGGGAAACUCAGGCAGGCAGCCACUAGUUACCAGAGAGCUACAUGGGUGAGGGUGUUAUAUUGCUUGAGAGAUGAGGGCUUACAUGUGAGUGGUGGUUUCUCUUCUGGGGUUUCAAGGAGUGCUUUGAGGGAGAGAUUUAAGACAUUCAAUGCUAUGUUUGAAGAGGUCCACAGAACUCAAGCAACAUGGCUGGUACCAGAUAAUCAACUCAGAGAGGAGCUUAGAAUAUCUAUAUCAGAGAAGUUAAUCCCAGCUUACAGGUCAUUUCUUGGGAGAUUCAGGAGUCAUAUAGAGAGUGGAAAGCACCCAGAGAACUAUAUGAAGUAUUCAGUAGAGGAUUUGGAGAGUGCUGUGUUGGAUUUCUUUGAAGGGUACACUGUAUCUCAGCACUUAAAGAGGAGGUCCCAGUGAAUGAGUUUUGGCAGUUUAUGAAGAACUAGGACACAUUCUUUGAAUUUUUUUGUGGGGCAUUUGGGUGGAUGGUGGUGCUGGUCACUUGGGAGCUGCCCUAUGCUCUCCAAUUAUUUUCAAGCAUCACUGGUUAAUCUCCUGCAGAUGGGAAGAUCAGGUCAGGUGUAGCUCUCCAGAAUAGCCAGGUCUUAGAACCUGAAUGUUUCUGCACUGUAAGCAUGUUGUUUGCCCUGUAACCACAUUCUAGGUUUUCGUUCAAUUUGUUUAUAAAUGAAUUGUUUCAUGUGUGAUUUCCUUAA